AUGCUUUCCGGCUAUCUCGUUUCCCGGGCAGCUGGGUCUGAACUUGAGUUUGGUGAACAUCGCACCAAGGCUCGGUCAAUUGGGCGUGGGAACAGGGCGAGUGUCGGGCUGGUGGCGUUGCCAAGCGCGGUUGACUGGGCUCCGAUCCGAGAGUGUCGAUCCACACAGCCGUGCCGCAAAGAGCAUGCUGCUUCGGCCGGGCUAGCCAAUGAGCGGAGCAGACGAGGCCGGCGCUCGGGGCGUCAUGCCCUGUCGGCUUGUCGUGAGCCCGAGGCGGCUAUCGGGCAGGACUGAGGCGGCCAAACAGAUUCAAAAGGAAGGUGGGUUUGUUUGAAACAGCCAAGAGCGCGGGGCGCGCCAGUCAAAGUGGCGGGGUCUGGCGGCCCUUUGAGGCGGCCGACUCGGCGGUGUUGGGCUCACGGGCCAAAGUGGACGGGAGUGGCGGCAGCAGGGCCGAGUCAGGAGCAUUCGGCCUGUCUUCUUCUGCCUUUGCUCUGGCGGCCUCGACUCGACUGUCGACCGUCGCCUCGGCCAGCAGCCCAGGCGGACGCAACAAACAGCCGACAGCCAGACGCAGCGACGACUAGCACUCAGGCGGCCGGAGCCAAUGGCCUUCCGGCACAGCGAUCACCCGAUGGCAGCGAUCGAUGUCCCUCCAGGCCGUGUCUGGUCCCUGCUGGGCCGAAGAAGUCGCCCAGCCCAAGCGAGGCUGCACAAUCGCUCGAAGAGGCCAGGAAGCGGCAUUCAAUUCUUUUCUGCCAAGCCACGACGGACUGCAGCCAGACACCGAGCCUUGCUCCCUCGCCCUCUUUCUGCUACUUGCCCUCUUUCGUUCCACAUCUUCCUAUCACUUCACCUCUGUCUCUCUCGCCCUCGGCGAGGUCGGCGGCCCAGACGCGUCUGGCUUUUAGGCCCUCUUCUGUGGCUGGCUGGCCGGCUGGCCUUUAUGACACCGUUUGGUCGCGUUUCUUUGUCUGA